GACUGGGGAUAACUUUGGAGGAGAGAAGUCGAUGCAAAUGGCGCUUCAUCCGUCGCUUAUACGAAGAAAAAUUGGUUUAUUGUUGAUUGACUUACAAAGCGCUUUCGUGGACGGUGCAUGGAGGGCUUAUUUACCUGACGAAGAAGUUGAACCAAUCAAGAAAAGUUUUGAAAACUGUGCGAAACUUUUACGAUCGGGUUUGAACAAUGUUCCCCUACUGAUGACCCGCUGUCCUUUUCCAGGUGGUGACUUUGAGCUUGAUGACAGUUUGAAUUCUGUAGUUGAUAAAAAUCAACGAUAUGUCAUUAAACCCAGUACUUCUGUGAUGGAUGCUCGUGGUUUCAGAGAAUGGGUCGAGGAAGAAUUGCUGAAACAGGGAAUAAACACUUUGGUAAUGGGUGGCUGUACAACCACGAGUUGCGUGCGAGUCAGCUCGGUCCGAACUCAGAAGGCCUUUAGCCACAAAGGCCUUCAGGUUGUUGUUGAUUUAGGCUUGUGUGGUGCGAGAAAAACAAACAGUAUUCAAAGAUGUCCCAGUUGUCUCAAGGUGUACAUGGAAUGUGGGGAUUUUGAACCGUCACGCAAUCGUCAUUGCACAUGUGGUGGUAUUGAUGUUAGAAUGGCAUCACCUGUCGAUAAGGCUGUGCAGUGUAUGCAAGAGGAGGGUGUUGAGGUGUUGGAAAGUUUUGACUGGAAGCCAUACAUGCAUCAAUUGCCUGUCACUCAGUGAUUCAAUAGUAUUUGUAUAUCACCCAUGGGAUGUCAACAGGUCUCCCAAAAGUGGCCACUUGGUGCAGUUUUAAUCAAUUGCAUGCUGGUAAUUAAUUGUUGAGUUUCCAAUGGAUAAUCAGCAACCUUUUGCAUGUGACCUUUUUAUGCAGAUGAAAAAAAAACGUGCAUAAUGACCUGAACAAAAAUUGUCUCUAAAAUUAACAAUUUAAAAUGUAACUGGUUUGAAAUAAAAUUUCAAUUUCCCAUAAAGCAGUCAGCUUCAUACACGACUGUUUUCAUGUAACAAAAGUGCUCAUUGUAGUUUUACUGUCUACAUCUGCAGGUUAGAGGUGUUUGAUGGAAAUGGUUUCACUUAAUAUUUUAAGUAGUAACAUGAAACAUUACAAAGCUAAACUAAGUGAAGUCAUGUAAGUAACUGAAAAAUACAUUUGCUGUUCAGCCAAAAAGACUAAAACACCGAACUAUUUGGGUGACCACCAUCAAAGUGCCAAAUACUGAAAUACAGAAGUAUAUUUUUAUUAGAAUACAUCAUCAUCCCAUGCCCCCCUUGAUUUUAAAAUUGGUCACUUGAUCUCUGUUUUCCCUUACAUUCUCAAAGACAGUGAAAUAUAUACACAAUUUCUCAAGAAUAUAUUAUUCUCUUGAACCAAAGAUGUUAUUGCUUUUUAAGGAAGACAAAAUUUACUUGAUGUACUCUAUGUGUGGAAAAUGAUUGUCGAAUUUAGAGUCACAUGGGAAUCUAGACAAACUGUGCAAGAUAUCACUAGUAAGAAAAUCUUCAUGUGCCUUGGGUACACCCACAUAUCCAGAAGCGUUGACAUACAUGCUUCAUUUAUAUUUGUAAAUACAUGCAAGUCAGAAAAUCACAUCAUACUUGCCCCUUUAGUUUUCAAGUUGGUGGACCCAUACCAGUUUUU